ACACUUGGUCUUUUUUUCUUUCUUGGCUGCGCCUAAACCUCCAUAUGUCUUUGCUUUCUUUCUUUGCUGCUGAAGCUUUUCAAUGGGUAAGAAGAGAUCCAGCAAAUACAUGCAUCAAAAGUCAAUGGGUUUUACUGCUAAUCAAAUAAAAGAUUUCAUCUUUCACAACAAAAACAUUACAGUGUCUACAGUAAAGAAGAGGCCGCGAGAGCCAAGGAAAUGGCUGAAAAGAGAAUGCAAAACAAAGAUUUCAACGGAGGAGCUCAAAGAUUUACUCUUAAGGCUCAUCAGCUAUAUCCUAAUUUGGAGAAUAUUAAUCAAAUGCUUAUUGUCUGUGAUGUGCAUUGCUUUGCUGAUCAGAAAUUGUUUGGCAAUGAGAUGGACUGGUAUAAAAUUCUUCAAAUUAAGCUCACGGCUAAUGAUACACUAAUUAAGAAGCAAUACAAGAAGUUUCCUCUCCAAUUUCAUCUUUUCUGGUGUAAGAAAAAACUGCAUUUAAGCUGACUGGGGAAGCUCAAGCUUUUUGAAUAUGUAAUACUCAUUGUUUGAAUAGACUUUGGUGCAUUAGAAUGGUGGUGAGCUCUUAUCAUCAAAAUUUGUGACCCAAAUUACAUUAACAAGUCAUUCUAAAUAGCUUCAUUGCUUCCACUUCACUAUUUAUCCUUCCAUAAAUAUUGAAGAUGAAUAUGUACAAUUUUUAGGUUUUUGAGGUCUUCCACAUGUAUCUGGGAUAUUAUUUAGGAGCACAUAGAACAACAAUUAGGAUUAAUUAAAUAUAAUGACUUU